UGAAGAGGGAAGGGGGUGCCGCCCAACUCCGCUCCGACAGCCUCCCCGAGUCCCAGCAGCAAGACGGCAACCACGCACCCAACUUCUCCAGCCACAGCUCAUGCCGCCGUCGCCAGCGGCGCCGACAUGACAAGGCGCUGCAUGCCCGCUAGGCCAGGUUUCCCCUCAUCCCCAGCCCCGGGGUCGUCGCCCCCGCGCUGCCAUCUGAGACCCGGUAGUACCGCCCCUGCUGCAGCGGGAAAGAGAACAAAGAGUCCUGGGGACAGGAAGCAGUCAAUUAUAGAUUUCUUCAAACCAGCUUCAAAACAAGACAGACGUAUGUUGGAUUCUCCACAAAAAUCAGACAUCAAAUAUGGAGGAAGUGGAUUGUCCAUCACUGGGACAGAGCAGUUUGAAAGGAAACUAUCCUCACCAAAAAAAUCUAAACCCAAAAGGGUGCCAUCAGAAAAGAGCAGUAUUUUAGAGGCUUUCAUGAAAGGUGUAAAAGAGCACCAUAAAGAUCGUGGUAUGCAUGAGUCACGUCGGCCUUGUGUGUCAAUAGCCACCAAAUAUCCAAAGGCAGUUGCAAAAGUCUAUGUUCCUCCAUAUUGCUUGUCAAAGGAGAUGAAGGCACUGAAGAAAAAACAUCGAUCUCCAGAGAGAAGGAAGUCACUGUUCAUUCAUGAAAAUAGCAGGGAGAAGAAUGAUAGAGAUCGAGACAAGACCAGUGCAGAUUCCAAAAAGCAGGCCACAGUGACAGAAACUGACAUCUUCAAGAACAGCUCUAGAAGUCUUAGCAGCAGAAGCAGCCUAUCCAGGCACCACCCAGGAGAAAGUCCAUUGGGGGCUAAAUUCCAGUUGUCAUUAGCUUCUUACUGCAGAGAAAGAGAACUAAAGAAGUUGAGAAGGGAGCAGAUGGAGCAGAGAAUCAACUCGGAAAAUUCUUUCUCAGAAGCAGGCAAUCUUUCCUUAAAAUCCUCUAGUAUAGAAAGAAAAUGUAAACCAAGGCAGGAACAAAGUAAACAGAAUGACGUCACACCUGGAAAGAGUAAUCUUUCAAACCUGGAAAAUGGACAUUUCUCAAGGAAAAGAUCCUCUUCUGAUUCAUGGGAACCUGCUUCAGCAGGGUCUAAGCAGAAUAAGUUCCCUGACAAAAGAAAAAGGAACUCUGUGGACUCAGAUCUGAAAAGCACAAGAGAAUCUAUAAUGCCAAAAGUAAAAGAGUCCUUCCUUGAGAAGCGUCCUGACGGACCACAUCAGAGAGAGAAAUUUAUAAAACAUAUUGCACUGAAGACACCUGGGGAUGUAUUACGCUUGGAAGAUAUAUCCAAGGAACCCAGUGAAGAAAUUGAUCGCUCCUCUGGAGGCUUGGCACCUUCAAAUUCUGGCCACCAUUCUUCCAGGAAUAGUGACCAAAUCCGUGUGGCAAGUACCAAAGAGACUAAGAUGCAGAAACCCCACUUAUCUUUACCUCAGGAAAAGUCUGCAGUUAAAAAAGCUAGCAACCUUCAGAAAAAUAAAACUGCUAGCUCUGUGGCAUCAAAGGAAACAAAACUUCUACCUUUACUUUCCCAUGUUCCAAGUGCUGGUUCCUCCCGGGUACCAUUAAAUGCUAAAAAUUGCACUCUUCCAGUUCCUAAAAAAGAAAAAGAGCGUUCCUCAUCUAAAGAAUGUUCUGGGCAUUCUACAGAGUCCUCCAAACACAAGGAACACAAGGCAAAGACUGAUAAAGCUGAUUCUAAUGUAUCUUCAGGGAAAAUUUCUGGGGGAUCUUUGCGUUCAGAAUAUGGCACUCCUACAAAGUCUCCCCCAGCUGCUUUGGAAGUUGUGCCAUGUAUCCCAAGCCCUACAGCACCUUCAGAUAAAGCCCCUUCAGAUAAAGAGAGUUCAGGAAAUUCCAAUGCAGGUAGCAAUGCACUGAAAAGAAAACUAAGGGGUGAUUUUGAUAGUGAUGAAGAAAGUUUAGGUUACAACCUAGACAGUGAUGAGGAAGAGGAAACAUUAAAAUCACUGGAAGAAAUAAUGGCUUUGAACUUCAAUCAGACUCCUGCAACUACAGGAAAGCCUCCUGCUCUUUCCAAGGGGCUUAGAUCUCAGUCAUCAGACUAUACAGAACAUGUUCAUAGUGGAACAUACACAAAUACUUUAGAACGUCUAGUGAAGGAGAUGGAAGACACUCAAAGGCUAGAUGAACUGCAGAAGCAGCUACAGGAAGACAUAAGGCAGGGCCGAGGUAUUAAAUCCCCCAUCAGAAUUGGAGAUCAAGACAGUACAGAUGAUGAGGAUGGCCUCUUAGAAGAGCAUAGGGAAUUUCUAAAGAAAUUUUCAGUUACAAUUGAUGCUAUUCCUGAUCAUCACCCAGGUGAAGAAAUAUUUAAUUUCCUCAAUUCCGGAAAAAUUUUCAAUCAGUAUACCUUGGAUUUAAGAGACUCUGGUUUUAUAGGACAGAGCGCUGUAGAAAAGCUUAUUCUUAAAUCAGGAAAAACAGAUCAGAUUUUUUUGACAACACAAGGCUUUCUUACCUCUGCUUAUCACUAUGUCCAGUGUCCCGUACCUGUGUUAAAGUGGCUGUUUCGGAUGAUGUCGGUUCAUACAGACUGUAUUGUGUCCGUGCAGAUUUUAAGUACAUUGAUGGAAAUAACGAUUAGGAAUGAUACCUUCAGUGAUUCACCAAUUUGGCCCUGGAUCCCAUCGUUAUCUGAUAUAGCAGCUGUGUUUUUCAAUAUGGGAAUUGAUUUCAGAUCUUUGUUUCCUCUGGAGAAUCUUCAGCCAGACUUUAAUGAAGAUAAUCUAGUUUCUGAAACACAGAUGACAUUGGGGGGGGAAGGAAGUGAAGAUUCAUCUUGUAAGCCAAUUUUUUCAACUCUUCCUGAAACCAACAUUUUAAAUGUGGUUAAGUUUCUAGGCUUGUGUACAUCUAUACAUCCAGAAGGUUACCAGGAUCGUGAAAUAAUGUUGCUGAUUUUAAUGUUGUUUAAAAUGAGUUUGGAGAAACAGCUGAAACAGAUUCCUCUAGUGGACUUUCAAAGCCUCCUGAUAAAUCUGAUGAAAAACAUUAGAGAUUGGAACACAAAGGUGCCUGAACUCUGUCUGGCCAUAAAUGAACUGUCUAAUCAUCCACACAACCUUCUGUGGUUGGUACAGCUGGUUCCUAACUGGACAUCACGUGGAAGGCAACUAAGACAGUGCCUCAGCCUAGUGAUUAUUUCAAAGCUUUUGGAUGAGAAACGUGAAGAUAUCCCUAAUGCCAGUAAUCUACAGAUAUCAGUCCUACAUCGCUAUCUUGUGCAAAUGAAGCCUUCUGAUUUGUUGAAGAAAAUGGUCUUGAAGAAAAGGGCUGAACAGCCAAAUGGCACUAUUGAUGAUAGUCUUCAUUUGGAACUCGAAAAGCAGGCAUAUUACCUGACCUACAUUCUUCUUCAUUUAGUUGGUGAAGUUAGUUGUUCUCAUUCUUUUUCUUCUGGACAACGGAAACACUUCGUGCACCUCUGUGGGGCUUUGGAAAAGCAUGUUAAGUGUGAUAUUAGGGAAGAUGCAAGACUGUUUUAUAGAACUAAGGUAAAAGACCUGGUUGCCAGGAUACAUGGAAAAUGGCAGGAAAUAAUCCAGAACUGUCGGCCUACUCAGGGGCAGCUUCAUGACUUCUGGGUACCAGAUUCUUAACAGGAGUUGAAGCAGCAAACAUAUGAACCAAGAGAAAUUCAAUAAGACCUUUUCCUAGAGGAGUAGAAAGAAUGCUACAAACUCCAGUGGAAUGCUAAGAAAAUGUGCUGCAAAUGUGCCACUUGAAUAUCUAGUAUGAAGCUGGUAAUGAAGAAAUUGCCAUUUCUGAAGCAGAUAUGAAACAUGAUCUGCUUAAUUUUAAGGCAACUGACAUUUAAAAAAGAGCA